AUGCUCUCACGGACUCUUCAGUGUCAGUAACUCACAGAGGAGCUGCAUUAUUACCACUGAGGGCGCAGAGCGCGCUGAUCCGCUCACACAGUGACGGUUGUGCUGGAACGGAUUUAACAAUCUGAUUUAUUUUAACAGAACAAAACGUUACUUCGGUUUCGGCUGCAAUCUGCUCCAGAUGUUUUUACUUGGAAAGCAAACCCUGUCAUAACAGCACCACAUCUUAACUUGGAUGUACUUUUGAUUUUACCCCAUGGAUUUCUUUAACAAUACAAAUUUUUCCAUCGAUGGCAGCAAUUCAACAACAGCUGAAGAUGGUGCUCUUCACUGUGGUGCCAUCCUUCCUGUCAUCUUUGGCAUUAUCUGCUUUCUGGGCAUCAUUGGGAACUGUAUUGUCAUGUACACCAUUAUGAAGAAGACCAAGUGUCGAGCCAAGCAAACAGUUCCAGAUAUCUUCAUCUUAAAUCUGUCAAUUGUUGAUCUUCUGUUUCUCCUCGGGAUGCCAUUUCUCAUUCACCAGUUGCUGGGCAACGGUACCUGGCACUUUGGAGCCGCGAUGUGUACGGUCAUCACGGCGCUCGAUUCCAACAGCCAGAUUGUCAGUACUUAUAUCCUCACUGCAAUGACCUUUGACCGUUAUUUGGCAACAGUCCAUCCCAUCCGCUUCAACUAUGUCCGCACGCCUUGCGUGGCUGUGCUUGUCAUUGGGCUGGUGUGGGUUCUGUCCUUACUCACCAUUAUCCCUGUGUGGAUGUAUGCCGGCCUGAUGCCUCUCCCAGAUGGGCUAGUGGCCUGUGCUCUGCUUCUGCCUGAUCCAGUUACAGAUACAUACUGGUUUACACUUUACCAGUUUUUCUUGGCCUUUGCGAUACCCUUAGCCAUUAUCUGUCUGGUAUUCUUCAAGAUUCUCCAACACAUGUCCACAAGUGUGGCGCCUCUGCCUCCACGGAGUUUGAGAGUGCGCACCAGGAAGGUGACCCGGAUGGCAGUGGCCAUCUGCCUGGCUUUCUUCAUCUGCUGGGCUCCUUUCUAUAUCCUCCAACUGGUCCAUCUGGCGGUGCAGAAGCCGAGCAUAGCGUUCUCCUAUGCCUAUAAUAUUGCCAUUAGCAUGGGCUAUGCUAACAGCUGCAUUAACCCAUUCCUCUAUAUUAUGCUUAGUGAGACCUUUAAGAGGCAGUUUCUUAGAGCUGUACGGCCAGCUCAUCGGAAGUUCCGCGUGGUGAACCCAAGCACCACAGACGGUGGCAGUGUCAGUGUGAGGAUGGUACCUGAAGGGGCUCAGCAGGAGCCAGCCUGCAGGGAGAUACCAUCCAACGUGGCUCCAGAAUAAAUCCAUGGAUAAAAAUGUCUAUUAUUUUAUUAUUUUGUAUCUAAGCAACAGGUCAUGGGACAGCAGACAAAGAACAAAUAUUCAGAGCAUCUGUAAGAAGUAAUAUUUUCAUAUCAGUCCUAAAUGAUCCUUGAUUAAAUACAUAUGCAUUUGCCAAGCACAAUUCUGUUGAUUUACACUGCUGUUGUUGUUUUUUUAAACUCUUACAACUGUGCUGCUCCUUAUUAAUAAGCAUAAACACAGUUCAUUCAUUUAUUCAAAAAUAGAAACCAGUGUUGUCAGAAAGGGAUAUUUACUGUGAAUAUGUGAACUCAUUAAAACACAUUUAAUUAACAUGAGUUUGCACAUCCACAGCCAAGACAAAUAUUAGCUUUCUUAUUGCUCUAUUUUUCUUCUUUAUAUACAAAAUACACUUUAGCUGUUCACUUUUUUCCCAAGGGGUCACCACAGCAGAUGGAUCAGAAUAUAUCUGACACAGAUUUUAUGCCAAAUGCCCUGUCAUUUAUCCACACUCAGUACCAGUAGGAGUCCACCAGCUUUUGAUGCCCUGAAAGUGGAUUUACGUCUCCUGCUGCUCUUAAGCAGGAUUCUUUAUGUGUUAACCACUACAACUUAGAGUCUCUCAUUCAAGUAUGAAAACUAAAGUAAAUAAAUAAAAAAAAAACAUCUAAAAUAAAGUAUGUUUUAAACCAGCAGUGAUCACUUUACCUAACCAACAAAAUGCUUACUAUGUUUUCAUCUUUGUCUUUUUUUUUUUUUACACCAGCUGUUAAUAUUAAUUUUGGAUAUUAUGUGUAUUUUUUAUGCUUUUGGAGUAAAACGAAAAUCAAAGUCAAGUUAAGCUACUGACCAAUUUAAAAGUAUUAUUUUUUGUAGCACUUCAUGCAGAAAUAUUUAAUGCUGUGAUGACAAUAAUCAACCACCCUUGUUAAAAACUCAUGCACAGGGAUGAUAUGAAGUUCUGGUGCAAUGUCACUGUCAUUUCACUGCAUGUAGCUUUGAAUUGUAUUGUUAUGCAACUGAGAGCUAUGAUCAUCAUCAUUAUGAGGCCAAAGAAGAUGAAAAAUAUGUGGAGAAGCAAAUCAAACACAACGAGAGUCUGGACAUGAUAUUACCAAACAUCAAACGCUAACAGUGUUUACUCGCGAGGAAGGGCGAUGCAAGGAAAGGUAACGUUCUGUUAGGAUUGGCAUAAUUCAAAGCCCCUAAUUUAAACGAGGUGGUGUUUUGGAUGAAUUAGCAUGUCAAAUAUUUUUAGGUGUUGUUCCUUUUGUUUAUUUUGAAUAAAUUAUAUUGUAUUUUAGCUGUAUUUUUAUUGCAUUCUGUUUUUGCUUGUGUGUAUGCUGUAAAAAUAUUCCAGCUCAGGGUUUCUCAACCUUUCUACACUGUGACCCAGUUUCCAGAAACUGACUGGAUUACAGCAAUUAGAGGUGACAAGUUGUAAGUUGACAUAGCUCCCUGUAGGGUCCAGAGACUGAGGCUAAGAAACUCUGGUAUAACUGUUGUUCUUGUCAUAUUCCGUAUGAACCAAGAACCAAAAAGAACAAAUCAUCAUCAUGUCAAACUACUGACCACAAUAAACUGUGGUCCACCCUGUGAUGUAAACACUGACAGUUACAUACAAUAUGUUUA